AUGCUCCCCCCGCCACCUCCCCCGCCCCCGCCAUCCUCAUCAAGCGCCCGACGGACGGUGUUCCAGAUGCCAGUUUUCAACAACGUCGAGGAUGUGGAUAUGUACCGACCCGGUGGGCAUCACCCUGUUAACCUUGGCGAUGUGGUCGGACACAAGUUCAAAAUUAUACACAAACUCGGGAAUGGAGGGUUCGCUCUUGUCUGGCUAGCUCGGCAUUUGGACCAACAUGGAUAUGUUGCGCUCAAGAUCCUGAGAGCAGACGCCCAGGAUCGUGAGAUCAAAGUCCUAAAGCAUCUUAAAAAUGCUGCAAGAAACGUUCGAAUUACAAACCUCCACGAAACAUUUCUAAUUCACGGACCGAAUGGGGUUCAUCAGUGCUUAGUGCUAGACGUUGGUGGGCCAAGCCUUAAGCUUCUUAGUUUGUACUGCAAACGCCCUCCACUUCCAUUUCUUAAAGCUGCCACUAGGAAACUGGCAGAAGGCGUUGCAGCCCUUCACUCGGCAGGCGUAUGUCACGGUGACCUCACACAUUCUAAUGUGCUUUUCGAAAUUACAGGUCUUCAGGACUGGACAGAAGAUGAGAUUGAUCGCUGCUUGGGACCACCUAAGACGGCUCCACUACUACUCCUCGAUGGAACGCCUGCACCAGCAUUUGCCCCGACUCAUGUCGUUGACGCGCUGGAUUACUCUCACCUCAACAUGGAACAAUUGUCAAGUAAUAUUCUUAUAGUUGACUUCGGCGAGGCAUUCUUCCAAGACAACGCACCUAAGGGACUGGGAACCCCUGUGUCCUUCUCUGGUCCAGAGCUGCUUUUUGGGUUCCCGCCGUCGUACGCUGUAGAUCUCUGGGCUCUUGGUUGCCUUAUUUUUGAGAUGCAUACAUUUCGAGUGCUCAUACCCACGGCUUUUGGUUCUUCCGAGGAGGCCCUAGCAGUGGCGACUGAAACAGUUGGAGCUCUACCAGAAGAAUGGCGGGAUUCGUAUUACGAUAAAAACAACCCCCUGGAAGCGAAUCCAGGCAAGAAACACCGUUGGUUUGAUGACCAGACUCAGCGAGCUCGUACCUUGGACUCUCAAAUUCUUCAGCAACUGCCGGGGCUCUCGCAAGAUCAGCACGCUACCUUUCUCCAACUUCUGAAAAGCAUUCUGGUUUUCGAGCCUAGCCAUCGUCUCCCUGCCGCGGAGGUUGGAAAACAUCCUUGGUUUACAUGUGAAUCAUAA